AUGGACUAUGCUGUGGUCCUCUUCCAGCGGUUGGGCAACGAACUACUCGAGCCACAGCUGCUUUGUCUUUUCGUCUUAGCUGCAGGGAUGGUUGUUGGCCACUUCCUUACGUAUGCCUACUACCGCCUUGUGGUGAGACAGCUCCGGGAGCUGAAGGGUGCACCGCCGACGGACAUCUAUGUCACCCGGCAUGGUCAGUGUUACCACAGCGAUGCUUUCUGUCCGUCACUUCGCAACAGCCAGCCUACGGGCAAGCGCAAGUGCCAUCUUUGCUACCCCUACACGUCGACGGGGCCGUGA